CUGCUCAGCUUCCUCGCACAUUGGAUUUAUUUACCUACACAAGCAAAUGACUCUUGGGAGUACCCGCAAGCGCUUCAGCACCAUCCUGCGGCGCAAAGAGCGCCUGCCUCUGUCGGCGGUCAUUGACAACUCGACGCGUGCCAGCAGCACCGACGGCUCCACAGCCCCAUCCAAUGCCCUGGCCCGGACCCAGAUGGUUGGGUCGGCGACCUCCGAGGACAUCUUUGUGGUCCGCAUGACAGCGUGGAGGCGGCUGGUGAAGCUCUACGAAACAUACUACCAGAGUAUCGUCGCAGCCGAAAAGGCCGCGGCAAAGAACCUUGAAAAGGCACUGGGCGAAUUUGCCGUUCCGCUGCAGGGCGAGCACUUUUUCCUGGGCGUCGAGCAUCCGGGCGUGCAGAAUAUAGCCAGCCAGGUCAAGAGCGUGCACGGGAGCUUCAUUGCGCAGCAGAUGAAUCUGGUGCAGACGGUGGAGACAGAGACAAUCGAGGGGCUCGGCCAGCUGAGGACGGAAAUCAAGGACAACAUUAAGCUCUAUGUUGACCACAUGGCACCGCUGUACAAGCGGCUGAGGCGGCAGGUGAGGGAGGCAGAGCAGUAUAAGGAGAAGCUGGCGCGCACCAUCGACAACCUGCCAAAGGACAUGGAUGCAUGGCUGGCCCAGCAGCAGGUAAGACGCGAGCUGCGGUACCAGGCGGAAUGCGAGAACGCACUGUUCCGCGGCGUCCAGGCCGAACACACGCGUCUGGUAAAGUGGGAGGCAGGAUUGGCCGAGCGCCUGACGCGGCUGGUCACGACAACCAUGCGCCAGCAGCGAUCGGCGGCCACGGCCAAUCAGCAGGUCCUGGACAAGUUCCUUGGAUACAUGGACACGUUCGACGCAAAGCAUGAGCUGGAGUCGUUUGAGACGCAGUUCGGCGCAGCACUCCGCAACCCGAUGGGUCUGGAUGGUACGUCGCAUACGAGCAAGUAUGACUACAUGUACAAGAACCACGAGUACACCGACGUGCUGCUGGAGGGCCCGCUGGAGCGCGAGAAGGGCGUGGUGAAGAAGUUCCACGCGCAGUACGCCGUCCUGACAAAGCUCGGGUUUCUGCACUGCUUUGCCGACCAGCUGUUCCUGCUGGAGACAGAUCCCGAGGCGUCGUUCUUUUUGCGCGACUGCAAUGUUGGCCCGCUGGACGACAACAACAACUUCACGCUGUUCUUGUCUGACAAGGUCGUGGGGCGGAGCAGGUAUGUGUUCAGAUCGCACGAUCGCGAGGUGAUUCGGCAAUGGUGGAGCAUUAUUGACGCAAUCAUCCGAAGCUCGCCCAGCCCGAACAAGGACGGGACGAUUGUGGGCGGGUCGCUACGAGACCCGGAGACCGCGGCUAGGGCCAUUGCAAUCUCUCACCCCAACACCAUGCCGACAGCAUCGGGGCUGACAGCCAGCGAGCUGGCGGCCCGCAACCUCGAGGAGGAUAAUGUCCGACGCAGCAUGUCCCGCGAUAGCCACUCUGCCGGCCAUGUAUUGCCGAGGGAGACCAGUGCUCCGCUCCCGCCGCCACCACCACCACCCCGCACUGACUUGCCCAGUCCACAGGAGUUGGGCGAAAAGCCUGGGACCCGGUUCCUUGACCUGAACCAUGAUAUUGAUGAGCUGUCGCUGGACGAUGUGAAACCCGCCAGCGUAAUCAUGUCGCCCGCCGAGCCUCAGCAGCAAUUCUUUGCAAAUUAAUAUUUCAUUUGGGAGCAUUUGGUACCUUGCAAGUAUAAAAUCACUCUACCAGCCACGCUUCUCGAGGCGCUCGUUAUCGGCCAGCGAGUCGCAGUUGAUGCCCACCAUGGCCUCGCCGAGGUCCUCGGAGAUCUCCGCCAGGACCUUGGCGUCAUUGAAGUGGGUGACGGCCUUGACGAUAGCGCGGGCGCGCUUGGCCGGGUUGCCGCUCUUGAAGAUGCCGGAGCCGACAAAGACACCGUCGCAGCCCAGCUGCAUCAU